AUGAUAAUUCCAAGCCCGUUUGUUUAUUGGGCUCAAACUGAGAGUGCCAUUUCAUUAAAAAUAGAAUUAAAAAAUGUUGUGGAUCCUGAUGUGAAAGUUCUCGAAAAUAAUUUGAAAUUCUCGGCCCAAGGUGUUGGUGCCCGAGGCGAGAGUUUAUACGAAUUUAGUUUGGAUUUAUUUUCACCUGUUAAAAAUGCUGAAAACAAUCAUGUUACAACAGUCCGUGUGUUCGAGAACCGAGUGGACAUUGUCUUGCAGAAAGAGAAGGCAGCAUGGUGGCCCCGACUUACUGCCCAGCCACAGAAACCUGCAUGGCUAAAGAUCAACUUUGAUUUAUGGAAAUCGGAAGACGCUGCUGAUAGUGAGGAUGAGAAACGUGACGUCAUGAAGGACUACCCUGGCAUGUACGACAGGCUUCAUAAAGAGGAACUGGGUUAUAGGAGAGAGGACCUCAAAAAAGUUUACCUGAAACUAUACAACCUCUUCCAAUUCGUCGGCUACAUGUACGUGUUGACUGUGAUGGCGAUUCGGUACGCCAAGUUGGACUACGACUCGGUGGCCGAUACUUAUGAACAUGUUGGACCGGCCAUGAAGUUCCUGCAGCUGCUCCAGUAUUUGGAAGUCAUGCAUCCUUUGUUUGGGUAUACUAGGGGUGGUGUACUGGUGCCUUUCCUGCAAGUGAGUGGGCGAGCAUUCGUGUUGUUCGUAAUGAUUGAAGCUGAGCCCCGCAUGCACACGAAACCUGUCGUCUUCUACCUGUUCGUUAUGUGGAGCAUGAUCGAAGUUGUCAGGUACCCCUACUACAUAUCACAGCUCUACAAAAAGGACUUCUACAUCCUAACCUGGCUGCGCUACACAAUGUGGAUCCCUCUCUACCCAAUAGGCAUCAUCUGCGAAGCCAUAGUCAUUCUACGUAACAUACCAUACUUUGAAGAAACUCAACGAUUCACCGUCUCUUUACCAAAUGAAUGGAACUUUGCUUUCCAUAUGCCAACCUUCCUCAGGGUAUACCUUCUCUUCCUAACGUUCCCUGGAAUGUACUUCGUUAUGAGUCACAUGCACAAACUCCGUACCGUUAAGUUGAAGCCAAAGAUUGUCAUUAAGAAAUCCAAAUAA